AUGGCCAAAAGAAGAAGUGGGUUCACAUUGGUCGAAUAUCCCUGUCCAGGCGAUCACAGUAGUAGUAAAUUUACUACAAAAAACCACGGCUCUUCGACUACAGCUUCAACUUCAACUUCAGGAGGUCGUCAUAUGAUGGAAAACUAUGGUACAGGGAAAGAAACGAUUUGUUAUAAAUGCAUGACAGAUUAUUCUCAUUCACACCUGUUCGCAACUGAAUGUACGAAAAGAGGAGAGAAUAACCUCCUUACUGAAGCUGUAGAGAGUUACCCAUCAUACCAGAGAGAAUGUCUGAUAGAUGAAUUGUACCCAAGUCCAUGGGCGAAAUACGUAGUGGAUAUUGUGGCAGGUAAGAAACCCGAAGGAAUGAAAAGUAUGAAAAGGCGGAAAGGUUCACAUCGUCAGAUCUUAGAUGGAAGCAGAUCAAAGAAUUGGUCAGACAGGUGUAAAUCGCAAUCAACAAUCAGAAGUAGGAAGACUAGCUGUACGAUUACGAAGGAAUCCCGUCUGAAAAAGAGUGAUGAGCACCAUCAGGAUGCUACGGGGAGAACGAAGAACUCGAUUACCUAUCAAGGACGAUGUGAGGGAAGGCGAAUAGUGGAUUUAUCCAACAGUAAUAGGACUAAGAGCAAGGGUAGUGGUACCUCCCUGAACGAAAACGUUUCGGAUAUCAAAGAUUCGAAUCAAUAUAAGAAGUAUGGACGUGGGGUUGAUGAGGUUGGGAGAUGUAGGGUGAACUGUCAAUUGUAUGGUGACGAUCAGGUAACGUUGUGUGCUCGAUGUGUUCAAAAACCCGGUACAGUCCGAGCGUGGUGCAAAAGUCAUCCCAGAUCUGAUAGAUCCAAUGGAUCCAAUGGAUCCGAUAGAUCCACAUGGCUGCAUGAUCUAAUGGAGUUAUACACAGAACGUGUUGAAGCGAAACAAGACCAAAAUGGAAUACCGAUAGGGAAUCGUCAGAGGACCGUACCGUGGAGGAUUCUGCCAUCUAUAUUCAAAAGUGUCUAUCACCCAGAGUAUCUGCAAUAUAUACAGAGUAGCGGGGAUGAUACCCUCGGAAGACAGCUUUCCCAAUUACCUCCUGAACAGAUGGAGGACGUUACGGGGAUCAUGUUUGAGUAUGCCAGGAGGACAGGUAGAGACGGGGCUGACGAGAAGGAGGAAGGCGACGAAGAAGUGAACUUGACCGACGUGAAAUAUUCUCCAACCAUGAGGAACAGCUUCGAUGUAGGAUUCACGGAAUCCCAUAUGUCAUCGCCUGCUUCAAACUCAUCUCCUAUGACGUCUUUCAGUGAUAUGGUCGAGCAUAAGGAAGAUGCCGAAAAGUUUACUGAUGAUGAGGCGAUGUUACUGGACUAUGAAUCAUUCACCCAAGGAGAAAUCAACUAUAUCGAUCAUCCGGAAAAUAUGGAUUUAUUAUAUGACCUGGAAGCAGUUUGA